GCCUCCAUCUGAAUUUGAUCCUGUUUGACUCACACAUCCUGAUGAUUCUGCAAGGUAAGAAACAAGUUGAGAUCUUUUGUUUUUUGUUGAUAAUAAUACAUUCAUGGUUGUUUGAACAGUUGUCCUACCAAUUUCUGUUGAAAGUCAGUGGAAUCUGUAAGAAGCUGUACUUGCUGACAGAUCAAUACAUGAGUGAUGUUUUACUGUGUGCGCCACUGCAGAUGAAUCAACUCCUUUCUUCUUGCAUUGUCUUUGCCAGACUGAUGUUAACUUCUCCUCUGGGAUACUUUUUCUGCUGUUUCUUCCUUUUAUCUUUCCCUGUAUCUGGAUGGGUGGAGCACCUUGGCUGAUGGUAGCAGAAAGGAAAGAGGAGAGGGUGAGAUUGACUGAUGACUUCACGUCUUUUAGUAACGGAGUGUUUUGUCAGUCGAUCUUUGUGCCUGUUUGAGAUUAGAAAAUACUGGCCUGGUUAAAUUUUGAAACUUUUUACAUAAAUACUGUAUAUCAGUAAAGAUAUGUUGUAGAUGGGUAACUAAGGGAAAUAACAGUGAUUCUUUGUAUGUGAGAAGUAUUGAUAAUUAGUCCUUCACCACAAAGUGGGGUGCCAUUUCUCCUCAUAAUGUUUUGAGACUGCUGUACUGUAGCUUCAGCAGUAAUGUCACACACACAAAAACACAUGCAAUUUAUACUGCUGCCUCUGUGGAAAAGCAAUAUUGAAUGCAGGUUUACAUUCCCUAACGCACUACUACUUAAUAAAGUCUGUGAAAGGAGAAACUGUAAAUCAACCCUGUAGCGCUGCUAUAUACGUGUAUGACUUUAAGGACCUCUCAAGUUUUUCCCACACUUUAUUUAUUUAGUUGCAUGAAAUAUUUAAAGCAGAACAUGGAUCUACUCUGAGUGCCAAAUGAUGGAUGAGUGGGUACAGCAGGCAAUCAAGGAAUUCAAGAAGUAUGGAUUACGUUUUGAAAUAUAGACCAACAAAUUCUAAGACACAAAUACAUUAAUCAUAAGACAAGUAUCAGCAUCACCCCACGGAAAACCCUGAUGCUUUUAUACCACUAGGUGAUUUCUCAUUGCUUUCCAGAAGUCAUUUAUUUUGUGGUAGUAGCUGCGCUCUGCUUUCUCAAUGAUGGCCAAGGGAAUGUAAGGAGAAGAACUGAAGACUGCUGUUUCGUGUGUGUGAGUGUGUAUGUGUGUGUUGCAGCUGUAUAUGUAUAUGAUAAUAAAGCCAUUGUGCCUGUUAGCACUAACUGCCUUCCUAAAGUGCGAAUUGUGCACAUCCUGUCAGAGCUUUGGCUUAAAUGAUCAGGUCUUCUGAGGUAAAAACCCAAGUGCCUCAUUCUCAGAAGGUUUUGCAACACAGACUGUGUAAUUAUAUUUGAUUUACUGCUUUCUUUUUGCUCUCUGCAGCUUUUUGCCCACAGUUUACCACUCAUACAAAGCAAAGAAAAAAUGUGAGACUGUUGUCUAUGGCAUGAACUGAGCGAAACUUUAAACUAUUUGUAAUAUUUUUAACCCGUCCUAACUAUGUUAGUCUGGGGUUUCCUGGAUGAUUCAUCCAGGAAACCAUAUCCUGCCAGAUACUGGUUACACACUGACAUUGUAUCUGAACAUGCAAUCACGUCAUGGAAAAAGGUCAGUGGUGUUUAGGAAACAUGGUUUACAUUUUUACUGGUUGCAAUGAUUAUUGUUCAGAAAACACAAGCUGUAAAUAUAUAGCGAGAAAUGAGUGAAUGAUAGAUCUUCUUUACCAGGAGAGGUCGGCUAGAAAAAGACCAGGAAGACUUGUGUCCUCACGACUUACCCACACACAUACCUGAGCUGGUGAGUCUCUCUGAUUUGUGUUGCCAGUUUCUCUUCUAUCCAAACUUGAACUUAAUCUGUAUCAUAUAAUAACCAUGUUUUGGAAUGUAUUAUUAAAUAUGAUCAACAGCAAUUCUCAUUUUUACUUUUCCUCAAAAUAUUGUCUGAAGUCCAAACCCUGUCUGCCUCUUGAAGUGUGAUGGAGUCUGCCAUAGGUGUGCUUGUGACCCAGUUCAAGGCAUAUGCUGGCAGCGAUGGUUCCUCUGACACAUUGAGCAGAGAUGAGUUCCACAGACUGGUUACAUCAGAGAUCCAUAACUUUAUCAAGAAUGCUGCCGACCCCGCUGCCACUGAUCAACUCAUGAGCUCAUUGGACAAGAACAAUGAUGGAGAGCUCAACUUCCUGGAGUUCUGGCAGCUAAUUGGGCAUCUUGCAAGCCAAUAGAGUGUCCUCAGUGACUCUGUUACAGUUUCAUGUGUCACCGACUUGUCUGUGUGCCAUACAGUUUGAAAUAAAUGGGAAAACAGCCAAAUGGAAAACACCCUAAAGUUUGCUGCUCAGUCAAUUUCAACUGCACAUCGCCGUGUUUUUACCAGUAGUCUGCGUUUCUUCUAACACUGUCCUCUCACCAGCAACUGCCAAACUGGCACAGACUCUGUCACAGAAUAUUAUUUCAGCAAUAUUAGAACCAGUACUAGCUUUUUUCCCAGCAUACACACAAACACAUGCUCACAGCUGCUUGUGCUUACAGGUCUAUGAGGGAGUUUAUCAUCUCCCUCCUGGAAACAAACAGAGGUGUGGUGUUGGCAGAGCAGGAUAUUCUGUUUAAAGCUGGAAUUAAAAUGUCAACAAAAGUGUGUGUUU